CCCAGCUGAUCCUCUGCUCCCGAGGCGAGUGCCGCGGCCUCGCGAGGUGGCGGGGGCGUCAGGGACGGCGGCCGAGACCCGCGCCGCCCAUCUGAGCGGGGCGGGCGCUGCGUGGCCAGGAAGCCGCCCCAGAGCUGCUCAGGGAGCCGUCGGGGCCUGUUUUUGCCUUUCUCCUCCAGGACCGUCGGCCCGCGCGCCCCAUUUAUCUCUGCAGAGACCGCGACGCCCCCUCCCGGGCCGGGCCGCGGUGCCCGCCCGCCUGAAAGGCGCCGCCCGCCGGCCCGAGCGAAUCUGGAGCCGCCGCCGCCGUGCCCGCCGCGCCUCUCGCGGAGCCUGGGCGGCCGGCGGGGCCUGGGGCCUGGCGGCGGGCCGCUCCUCCCCGAGCUGGGCCCGGGGCCUGGCGGAGCCGAGCGCCGCGCCCUCCUGACCAGCCGCCGCGGGAGCCCGGCCGCCGCCCGCCGGCCCCAACCGCCUCCCCGGCCCGCCGCCCCUCCGGCCCCGGCCUCCCGCCCAGCCUUCCUUUGUGGAUCUGAAUGAUUUGGGGGGCCUCCUCCUUCCCCCUUGAGAUUACGGUGCUGGAAGACCGACCCCGCCACCUCGGUCAGAGCCCCCCGCCGGGGGACACGUCCCUCGUUUUGUUCCCCGAGGGCCCACCCGCGCCCCGCUCCUUUCGGUGUUUGACUGAUGGGGUUUUUUUAGUGUUUCCCCCCCCCCCCCUUUAUGUCUCUCGCCUCUCGACGGGAAGGCCCCGCGCGAGGCUCUGCGCCUCUGCCCCUCCCCGUCUCUUCCUCAACCCCGCACAAAUAGCCGAACCCCCUGCCCCCGGGCCGGCAAUGGCGCGACAGUGAGGGCGGCGAGGCCGGACCACGCUGGGAUAGUGCCCGCGCCCCGGCGGGCGUGAGCACACACUCCCCCGCUCCGCGCCCCUCUUUUUCGUCUCCUGAGCUCUCUGAGAAGAGAGAAGACGCAGGGAAAGAUGUGGCUGAAGCUGUUUUUCCUACUCCUCUAUUUUCUGGUCCUGUUCGUCCUGGCCAGGUUUUUUGAGGCCAUUGUGUGGUAUGAAACUGGCAUCUUUGCCACCCAGCUGGUGGAUCCGGUGGCGCUGAGCUUCAAGAAGCUGAAGACCAUUCUGGAGUGCCGGGGGCUGGGGUACUCGGGGCUGCCCGAGAAGAAGGAUGUCCGGGAGCUGGUGGAAAAGUCAGGUGACUUGAUGGAAGGUGAGCUCUAUUCUGCACUCAAGGAAGAAGAAGCAUCUGAAUCUGUUUCUAGUACCAAUUUCAGUGGUGAAAUGCACUUCUAUGAGCUUGUAGAAGACACAAAAGAUGGCAUCUGGCUGGUUCAGGUCAUAGCAAAUGACAGAAGUCCCUUGGUCGGUAAAAUCCACUGGGAGAAAAUGGUGAAAAAGGUGUCAAGAUUUGGAAUACGUACAGGCACUUUUAAUUGUUCCAGUGACCCCAGAUACUGCAGGAGAAGAGGCUGGUUGCGAUCUACACUCAUUAUGUCUGUCCCACAAACGAGCACUUCUAAAGGGAAAGUCAUGCUUAAAGAAUACAGCGGACGCAAGAUUGAAGUGGAGCACAUUUUUAAGUGGAUAACUGCUCAUGCAGCUUCUCGGAUCAAAACCAUUUAUAAUGCUGAACAUUUGAAAGAAGAAUGGAAUAAAAGCGAUCGAUAUUGGGUAAAAAUAUACCUAUUUGCAAACCUUGACCAACCCCCAGCUUUCUUCUCUGCACUAAGUAUAAAGUUUACCGGAAGAGUGGAGUUUAUUUUUGUUAAUGUGGAAAAUUGGGACAAUAAGAGUUUUAUGACAGAUAUUGGUGUAUAUAACAUGCCAUCAUACAUUCUUAGAACUCCUGAAGGAAUUUACAGAUAUGGAAAUCACACAGGUGAAUUUAUAUCCCUUCAGGCCAUGGAUUCAUUUUUGCGCUCAUUACAACCUGAAGUAAAUGAUCUGUUUGUUUUGAGCUUGGUUCUAGUUAAUCUUAUGGCUUGGAUGGACUUAUUUAUCACACAAGGAGCAACCAUAAAGCGAUUUGUGGUUCUCAUAAGCACUUUAGGGACAUACAACUCUCUGUUAAUUAUUUCCUGGCUACCUGUGUUGGGCUUUUUACAGCUCCCUUACUUAGAUAGCUUUUAUGAAUAUAGCUUAAAAUUGUUGCGAUAUUCUAAUACAACCACACUGGCUUCAUGGGUAAGGGCAGACUGGAUGUUCUAUUCUUCCCACCCGGCCCUAUUUCUCAGUACGUACCUUGGACAUGGUUUACUAAUUGAUUACUUUGAGAAGAAGAGACGGCGCAACAGCAACAAUGAUGAAGUCAAUGCCAAUAACUUAGAAUGGUUAUCAAGUCUGUGGGACUGGUACACCAGCUACCUCUUCCACCCGAUUGCUUCUUUUCAGAACUUUCCUAUAGAAUCUGAUUGGGACGAAGACCCUGACUUAUUCUUGGAGCGGUUAGCUUUCCCUGACCUUUGGCUUCACCCUCUGAUACCAACUGAUUACAUUAAAAAUUUGCCAAUGUGGCGAUUUAAAUGUCUUGGAGUCCAGUCUGAAGAGGAAAUGUCGGAGGGUUCUCAAGAUAUUGAAAAUGACUCAGACAGCGAGAGCACAGACACUUUUAGCAGUGAAAAGGAAGUAUUUGAAGAUAAACAAAGCAUAGUUCACAAUUCUCCAGGAAGAGCAAGUCACUGUGAUGCUGAGGCUUGUUCAUGUGCCAAUAAAUAUUGUCAGACCAGCCCAUACGAAAAGAAGGGGAGGUCAUAUGGAUUAUAUAAUGCUAAUGAAGAUAUGGAACCUGAUUGGUUAACUUGGCCUGCUGAUAUGCUGCACUGUACUGAAUGUGUUGUUUGCCUAGAGAAUUUUGAAAACGGAUGUUUGCUAAUGGGGUUGCCUUGUGGUCAUGUGUUCCAUCAGAAUUGCAUUGUGAUGUGGUUGGCUGGGGGCCGACACUGUUGCCCUGUUUGCCGGUGGCCUUCUUAUAAAAAAAAGCAGCCGUAUGCACAACACCAGCCCUUGUCAAAUGAUGUCCCAUCUUAACCAUGUGCAAUUUGUCCUUUAUAAGCUUUGAGUAUCUUACAGCUUGCCUUUUUAAUGUUAGUCACAAUGUUUUUGUGGUUUGAAGUUUAGUUUAAUGUUAGUGCAGUGACAGGAAAUACACAUUAUGCUAAUGUUGAUGACAAUUAUUUGGUUGCCUUGUGUGUCAAUUGAAUGCAUACUUAAUUGUAAAAAUUUUUAUUUACAACAUUGGAAAUUCAGAAGUUAAUGUUUUUUGUAAGCACAAAAGAAGUAUGAUAGAAAUUUAUCCUAGCAAGACUUUACAAGGUAGGAUCAAAUCCUAAUGGAAUUGAGGCAGUUUCUUAUCCUAAAUGUUUCCUCCCUUUUUACAAUCUCUGUCCAGCACCUCUUGAUUAAAUAAUGUAUGCUCUGAGACAUGAAAUUAAAACGGACCUAUGAAAUAAAUUAUUUUAAAACCAGAAGAUUACAGCUUUUCCAAUGUCAAAUUGUUUUUAGUGAGGUGGUUGAAUGUUAUAGGUGUUUUGCUGGUUUGUUCAUUUCACAGGUAAGUGAUCCUAGAUUCAUGAGGAAAAACAAAAAUAAAUUAUGUUGCUGACACUAGCCAGAGGUCAUGUUAGUCAGCCUCUUAGCUUGGUUAGCUUUGAUGGGAAGGGAUUUCAUGGUGGGCUUUUUUUAAAGUAUUAAGUCAUUUAUGAGAAGUAUAUUCGUCUAAGUAAAAUCAACUAUAACAUAUUAGUCAUACAUUGAUUACUUUGUUUUUCCUGACUUUUAUUUUGAAAAAUGUCAAAACUGCAGAAAAACUGGUAGCAGUACAGUGAACAUCUGUUUCUCUAAUUCACCAACUGUAUGUAUUUUGUUACCUUUGCUUUAUCUUCUCUAUAUGUAUUUAUCUUUUUUUCUUUCUUUUUUUCUGGUUUGUUUUUGUUUUUUACUGAUCCCUUUGGAAAUAAAUUUUAGUCAUCCUGAUGCCUCUUUACCACUGGAUGUAUCACCAUGUAUCUUCUAAGAACAAGGACUUUUUUUUUUUUUUUUUUUUUUUUUUUUUGCGUAACCACAAUACUAUGAUUACACCGAAUAAAUUUAUUCACGUUGAUUCAGUAAUAUUUAACAUACAAUCCCUACUUCCUACUUGCUCCCCAAAUAUCCUUUAUAUCUUUAGAUGUUUUUGUUUUUAUUGUGAACUUAGGCACAGUUCAUGUGCUGGGUUUGGAGUCCUUCCUUUCAUUCUUUUCUAGCAGUUCCCUGCCUUUUUUUUUUUCCCUUGUAAAUCUUUUCUGAUACAUUUUGGAAGAGAACAGGCUAGUUAACUUAUAGAAUGUCCUACAUUCUGAAAUUCUCUGAGUGUUUCCUCACGAUAAGAUUUAAAUUAAACAAUAUUGCCUGGAUGAUAUGUACCUCCCAUUUGUAUAACAUUGGGAGUCACAUGAUACCAGUUUGUCCCAUCAUUGGUGAAGCUAAAUUUGGUUAAAGUCAUAGCUGUCUUCUGUUUCCAUCAUAAAAUACUUUUUCAUUUAAGAUGGAACUUGUGAGGCUAUGUGAAUAUCCCAACGGUUUGGUGUCUUUUUUGUUUUUAAUUUUAAUUCCAGUAUAGUUAGCAUAGAGCGUUAUAUUAGUAAGCCAACAGUUUUAACAUUCACUGAUGGUUAUUAAUCUGAGUCAGUUAUUGAAUAGGAGUUGUAACAUGGGGAUUUUCUAAUUGCACCCUUCAUUCUACAUUUUUUAGCUCACACUUUUUGUGAAGAACAACUUUCCAUUUUUCUUUCUGUCAUACUUUGAAUAUUACUGGACUCAGUUUCUUUUUAUAUUCGGUGUGUUAAAGUUCAUUAUUCUUUGUGGCGUCCAAGUCAUCCCAAAUUUGAUAAGGGAGAGCCCCCUUCUAGGCUAAUUCCAUUCUGUGCUAUUGAUAUGUCCCUUUCAAUCUUGAAACGGUUGCUUUUUGACACAAGGCAUUCCAGGCUCACUUUGUAUUUUUUCUGUCCCAGCACUGUGAUCAUGUCUGAGUUUCAUAGUGCACUUUAAAAAUCUUUCUUGACUGUCCCACCCCACAUGGUAACAAAAUGCAAUUUUUUCAUUCUGAAUUAUUGCUUGGUUACUAGCAGAAGCCUUCCUCCCCCACCCCCACCCCCACCUUCCCCCACUGCCUUCAUGGCAGACUUGAGCCUUAUUUUCAUACAUCAAUGAAAAUAGUAAGGACCGGCUAUUACUGGGGUGCCUGGGUGGCUCAGUUGGCUGAGCAUCUGGUUCUUGGUUUCAGCUCAGGUCAUGAUCUCAUGGUUCAUGAGUUUGAGCCCCACUCGGACUCUGUGCUGACAGUGCAGAGCUUGCUUGGAAUUCUCUCUCUUCUCUUUCCUCCCACCCCCACCUUCUCUCUCUCUCAAAUAAAAACUGUAAGGACCAGCUGUUAGUAUUUGAGAGCUCUUUUAAGUUUUUAAAUAAAAAAUGCAAAAACUGC